CUCCAGGCUCGGCUGCUCCUUGGUUGAGCGCCCGCCAGGCCUCGCCGCUCAUGGACACCCCGUGCUGCCGCCCCGCUGACCCGCGCCGCUCACCGCCCCGGCCCCCACCGGGCUCCGACACGGACGACGUCCUGCAGAUCAUGGCCAUCACCGACCAGAGCCUGGACGAGGCGCAGGCCAGAAAGCAUGCUCUGAAUUGUCAUCAGAUGAAGCCUGCUCUCUUCAGUGUGCUCUGUGAGAUCAAGGAAAAGGCAGGUAGGCCGCUGAGAAGACACUUCUUGUGUGGCACCAGGACCACAACAACCUCGCACCUCUGGUCCUGGCUCAGCCCUAACGUGCGUCGUGGGCCAUCUUGCUCGUCACAUCCCUCUCUGGCAGCGAUGGUUCAGCUGGUCUCCAACUGGUUCGGCAACAAAAGAAUCCGGUAUAAAAAGAACAUGGGGAAGUUUCAAGAAGGGGCUACCAUUUACACAGGCCAGGGGCGGCUGGCAGGUGAGGCGAAUGUCGACCGCUUCACCUAUUGGAGACCCCGGCAGGGUCACCUCAGACACAUCUAAUUAAGUGUUGGGAUGAGCAGAAAAGAGGACGGUGUGACCUGCCUUGGUUCCCUGGAAUUCAUGUUUCCUCAGAAGACCCAGAACUGACAGCAGACAGCGCUCCCUGAGCUGACGGCAGGCGACACCGGUACCAUCUUUUGCUUGUCAGCUGGGGUUUGAAAUGGGCUGAGACACUGCUCGUUCUGCCAACUCCGUUUGGUGUUUUUUACUGUAAUUCUAUGGUUAAGGCUGAAUUGUUUCUUCUAGGACUUGGCACAAAUUCUCCCAUUACAGUUUUGGACCGAUUUUAAUUUCGAUGUCGUUCACUCCCAGAUUUGUUCCUGCUGAUGGCUGACCACGCAGGUGCAGGGCUGCAGCUGCGCAGUUGGGCGGGUUGUUACUCUGUUUGCUCGUUUGUCCAUCCGUGUGCCAACUCGCCCAGACACUGCCUUCCACACUCUCUUCUGCUGUGUCAUUUCACGCGGUUUUGAUUUAAGUCUGUUGUGAGCUCAGAAUUUUACUGGGAAUUGGUUUGGCACCUUUUCCCGUUAAUACAGGUUCUACCAUUUUCAGCUGAAAUGUCGUUAAAGACGAUAAACUUCCCAAGCACUUUCCUGCAUCCGUGCUCUUGAAGUCCUGCUGGCCCAAGGCUUGGCGCUGCAAGUCCCCCGGCUCCUGGAUGCCCCUCUCUGUCUCCUCGCCCAGUUCCUCCUCUGCUUCAGCCUUCGGGUGGGACCUUCCCUCUGUCUCCUCCUCUCUUCCCCUCACCGGGAAUGAAGAUGCUAGAGCUGGGCUGUUGGGAGAAUUAAAUGAACCUGGGCUCAGGACAGCUCGGGGGCCCUGAGCAGGUGCACUGUAUCUGCCCGUCAGUCAGUGUCACCGCGGCCCUAACCCCGCACUGUCAGCUGCCACCAUGACCAGCAUCUGAGCUUCUGUCCAGAGUGUUUCAUCUCUGGACACAGAGUGUUCUGACUCCCGUGCACCUCCGCACCAGCUCCGCCCAGAUCCUGGCCAGCUGGAUGCAUCACCGUUCUCCCGGUUCUUGGGCCCCCAUGCCCGAGAGAUCCCUCUGUCCUGUCUCCAACCCCCGCGGGUGUCACCACCGUGGCGCCGACACCCUAGUGAGGGUUGCAGACAGGAAACGAGGUGCGGGAGUGAGGGUCCGCUGGGUCACAGCCAUGCAGCACAGCGGGGUCCCGGCCUGCACCCCGAAAGACUGAGCAUGGUGGUCUCCUGGGAUCAAAGGACCUCUGCCCCCACCCUUCUGGCUUCCAUCCCCCCCGCACAUCUGCCCAUCCCAACCCAUCACACCCACGGGCCUCUGGGCAGCAGCCGGCUGCUCUCACCUGGCCUGUCACCACACUGCCCUCCACGUCUCCAUUUCUGUUGCUUUCAAGAACCAAGAAAUGGAAAUCUAAGGCGGGUGAUACAACCUCAGCCAACCGUGUCCGGGUCCUGGCCCCUUCUCCACCGGCACCCACGGCACGCUAGUCCUCAGGGUGACCUGCCAAGACGGUCCGCGGCGGUCUGGGUGUGUCCCUGCAGACGAGCCCCCACUUGGCACACCAUGCUUCUCUCUACACGAUGCAUCUUGCACUGGCCACUGCCUCUGUGUCUGGGAGGAUCUUCCUCCAGGGAAUGAACUGCCACGGCCGGAGCCCCUCAGCCCCAGUGCUGGAUAUUUUAGGUAGCUCCCAUGUUUAAAGCCCUGUGCCCGCGACGCCCCAAAGCUCGAGUCUCUUUGGUGCUGUUCUGCGAGCCCGCCCCCAGCCUGGCUCUCUGCACGGUUGGCGCUUCUUUUCUUCCCCUCACUGCCUUGCAAACAUUCAGGGCGGGCGGGGGACAGCCAUCAGGACCUCCCCCUGCAUCUGUGACCUGUCCACUGAGCCCUCCCAGCUGCUCUUCACCCUAUCCCUGCCAGCAGGAGCUGUUAGGAUGCUGGGCAACCCCAAACCCACAGCCUGGGGGCGUCUCAGUCAGUCGAGGCUGUUGUAGAGCCCACCCAAAAGGCGACCCCGUCCCCGUGAGCAGUCCCUCCCUAUUUCCCCUCCCCAGCCCCUGAC